AUGGCAUACAAUUCGUUGACCGAGCCUCCCCGAAACCUCAAGGAGGGUGUUGACUGGUUGAUGGCCCUGAAGGGAACUGAUGCUGAAAAGAACUUGAAGGCUUUCGGUGCAGCCGUACACAAAUUCCUCGCAGACAAGCCUGUUGGAUUGAUGAAGGUGCCAGCUAUCGAAAAUGUUAAACCUAUCACUAAAGCAUUCAUCGGGCAAGAGGAACUUAAGAGCCAGCCAUUCGCAACUAAGCUGUUUGAGAAAUUCAAUGGACCGGUGAAAAAGGAAAAGCCCGGCUUCUUCGGUAAGCUUAAGCAAUACUACAACACAUCCUACAUCGAAAGCGAUUAUUCGAACAUCAUUGAAUUCAAGGAUGCUGACGCUGAAACCGUAACAAAUGCCCUGCACCAACUGACGAGUUUUUGUGAGCAGUUGUUGGAAGAUGCCAAAAUAGCUGACAAGUAUGAGUCUGCUUACAGUGGAAAGGCUACAUGGGCUAAAUCAUGCUCGAAGAAGCCGGAAAAUUGCGCAGCGCUCUUCGUGGGUAUUGCGCCCAUGUUAUACACAGGCCUACGUACUUUGAGGGAAACGUGCCAGUCUGCAUUUCAAGAUUGGGAGGAGUCUUACGCAGAGAAGCGUGUGGGAGAGGUGAUGCAAGCUUUGGGUUACAAGGAGCCAGAAUGCCGCGCUACAUUGAGCACUUUGGAUAUCUCCAGUGUGUGGGCGGAUGUGCCUAUUCGCGUAUUGGGGUUACUCUACGACCUCUCUGGAUUCUGGGCUUUCUAUUAA